UUGGUUACAUUGUAACAGCUAAUUGGAACGUGCAUAGCUUCGGAACGUCACAUUUAACCUUACCUACUGUAACUUUGUGCGCAGUUAGUUUCUUUGUAACCAGAUAGGCGGGUUUAUCGUGGCUGUGGGAGGGUUCGGUGAAAGGGGGAAGUUCAGACCUUCUACUUCUGUUGUCUUUGUGUAAAGCAGUGGAGCGCCCGAUCUCACGCUAUCACUCUUCCCUCUUCCCCGAAUCCUUUUAAAACUCUCCCCUGGGUUUCUACCCUCCCGAACCUCUCCCCUUCUACCCCACCCUCCCCCCGACAACACAUCUCAAAACACGGAUCAGAUCCCAUCUUUGUGACCAAAGACCCCCAGUUUUGACCCUUGAACUACAACUUCUCCCAUCCAGUACUAAUUAUGGACUCCGGUGUGAUUGAAGGAGGACUCAAUGUCACCCUCACCAUUCGGUUGCUGAUGCACGGCAAGGAAGUCGGAAGCAUCAUCGGCAAGAAAGGUGAAUCUGUGAAAAAGAUGAGAGAAGAGAGCGGGGCUCGCAUUAACAUCUCAGAGGGGAACUGUCCUGAGAGGAUCAUCACUCUGGCAGGCCCCACCACCGCCAUCUUCAAAGCAUUCUCCAUGAUCAUCGAAAAGCUGGAAGAGGACAUCAGCAGCUCUAUGACGAACAGCACGGCCACCAGCAAGCCCCCGGUCACCCUACGCAUCGUGGUGCCUGCCAGCCAGUGUGGCUCCCUCAUCGGCAAGGGGGGCUGCAAGAUCAAAGAAAUAAGAGAGUCGACAGGUGCUCAGGUACAGGUGGCAGGGGACAUGCUUCCUAACUCUACAGAACGGGCCAUCACCAUCGCAGGGACGCCUCAGUCCAUUAUCGAGUGUGUCAAGCAGAUCUGUGUAGUUAUGCUCGAGGUAAGUUCUCCCCCUAAGGGGGUCACCAUCCCGUACCGACCCAAACCUUCAGGAUCCCCGGUCAUCUUUGCUGGAGGACAGGCGUACGCAGUUCAAGGACAACAUGCCAUACCCCAGCCAGACUCUUCCUCUGCCUCUAUCUCUCCACAGCUCACCAAGCUCCACCAGCUGGCCAUGCAGCAGAGCCCCUUUCCCAUGGGCCCCAACAACACGGGGUUCCAAGAUUUAGGAGGGAUGGAUGCGUCUGCCCAGACCAGCUCCCAUGAGAUGACCAUUCCAAAUGAUUUGAUUGGCUGCAUAAUCGGUCGCCAGGGUUCUAAGAUCAAUGAGAUCCGCCAGAUGUCGGGUGCCCAGAUAAAGAUCGCCAACCCCGUGGAUGGCUCCGCAGACAGACAGGUCACCAUCACUGGUUCUGCUGCCUCCAUCAGCCUGGCAGAGUACCUCAUCAACGCCAGCGUAGAGUCCUCUAAACCCUCCUCCUCGAACCCCGAACAGACCCACAGCACCAGCCUCCUCUGCCCUCCUCUUCUCUCCACCACUACCACCUCCUCUCCUGCUGCUACUUCCUCUACUGCUUCUUCCUCCUCCUCCUCUUCUUCCUCCUGUUUGGCGCCCCCUUCCUCCAUCUCUCUGUCCUUGUUGGUUCCUCCAGACACUCCCUCCUCUGACUCCCCUACUAUCCCCUGUGUCUCCAGUCUGCUCAGUCUUAAGCCCCUCCCCCUCCUGGCCCUCCACUCAGCCAAUCCUGAGCCAAAGCUCUCCCCAGAGCCGGGUUCCAAGUCUAAGAGGCGAAGGCUUUCCCCUUACUAACACUACAGACAUGAAGUACGUCCCAAAUGACACUUCCUGUAUAGUGCUCUACUUUUGACCAUGGCCCUAUGCGCAAUAGGGUGCUAUUUGGGAUGUAGUCAAGCUUAGUGUUGUCUGUACUGGGUCUUUGCUCUACCGUUGUACCUGGCUGUGCAUCAUGCUUCUUAACUUUAAAGUUAAAAAAAAUAAUAAUAAUCAAAUGGAAAAAGCCACACACACAAAAAAAGCUAAAUGCCCAGAUAUGGCCUGAGGUCUCGUCCCCAUCCACUGCUUGGUUUUGUCACCUUCACCAAAGGACUCUAGAGUCCCUGUUCUUUCUAUCUAAAGACACUCUGCAUCAGCUCUGUUCUCAGACUGACUUAUUGACUAACAUCUCGUUGUUGGGUUUCUCUUCUUUCUGUAAGCUCAGGUAACACCUCUCACCGUCCUCUUUAUAUUGAGAUCUCAAACUGGGUUUCAUUUAUUCUGAGGAAAAGAUCGGAAUAUGAACUUUGCCAUACCUGGGUAAUAUGUGUGGUAGCUAGUUACAUUUGUUGUAAACUGUUUAUCAUAUCGCUGAUAUCCUUGAUUGAACAUAUUUAGUGCAACAUGUUGAAGUAGUCUCACUGGGUGUCAUGCUCACUUUAAUAGUUUAUCCUCGAGGAUCACAUGUUAUCUCAUUUAAAUCACCCUCAUUUUGGGUCAUUGGACCUCUAUAUGACUUCAGGAAAUGGAUGUCUUCGUAACUAAAGUAGUUUAGAGUGAUUGAAUCGAGCCAUAGACCUACUGCAUGGCCAGCUCCAAAUGCUGCUCAUCACUGUUUUACAAUCCUUUAGUACUGGGCAGAAGAAGUCAGCGACAACAAUUCAGAGGAUAGGAAAGAAGUUGAAUGAGUUGUUAGCAUUUGCAUGUGAUGUCAAGGAAACGGGAUCCUCUCAGCUGAUUUUGAUAUUUUAAUCAACAGAGGGGGGGGGGGGGGGUUGUUUCUUUUGGGUAGAUGUUUUGCAUUGUAAGACCCUUCGGUGAGUUUGUAAAAGUUUUUUAAAUUGUUUUAAAUUGUUUUUAUCGUGUCUGGUCUGAAUUUGAAACGCACAGCUUGGCUUAUUCUCUCC